GGUGACUUUCUGAAAGCUUUUUUGCAUGAGAUGAAAAUCAGUGAUGAAGGGUAGUUUCCUCAGGAACAGGGAGAAAGUUGGAAAGGGUGGUGUUCCCCACCCCACCGCAUCAGCUGCUGUUAACCAUCUGUUCAGCGGCCAUGGCGGUUCAAGCCUGCAACUACCAACAUAACAAUGUCGGUGCAUUUCUGUUUGGCAAUUUGGCUUGCGUAUAAAUUAUGAUGUUGACGGCAGCGCUAUUCUGCAUCAGCAACGAUUCCUUCCCUUAUAUUGGAAUGAACAACUGAUGAUCUGAGAGGAAAUCAAAAGAAGCAGAACCAUCAAGGAGAUGUGAGGAGAUCAGGAGAUUCUUGCCUGCUCCUAUGGAACUGUACUGUUUCUUAGGAAUGAAAUUCAUGCCGUUCAAACAUGCUCUCAGGUAAGUCGCGGGCACGCAAGCACGAAUGGAUGGUCGUGGAUUGUUGUCCAGUCAUUGACCGGCCAUCCAUUCUAGAAAAGAUUAACAAGGGGGCUUAGUCAACAAGAGCAGGAUUAAAGAAAAUUGCGGCGACCAGCUGCAAACCCAGCGUGCAGGCUGCACCGCAGCUGCCGGGUUCAAUGCGUAGCGUGCGUGGACGCGGCACCCACACGGAGAACACAUCGUCUGAUCACCGUCGUCGUGUUGCUGUCAGCUCCGUCACAGCUCAGAAAUCCGCAUCAGAAUUUCUGUUUUUGAUUACUUUUCUUUUGUGGAAAAGACAAGGAGAGGGCGAAGCCCGGAAAUGGAGAGCAGCUCGUGCCAUGGCGACACGCGCCGGAGCCGCGGCCGCAGCGGCGGCGGCGGGGGUAGUACCAGCGGGCAGGCCAUCUUCACUGCGGAGUGGUCCCACCAGUUCCAUUCCCGCUGCGUCUCCGACUCAGGGAGCGCCCCGAACGGCCGCCCGCCCAGCAGCGCCCGGUGGCGCGAGCUGCCGUCCCUCCGCACCACGAACUCGUCGCCGCGCCAGCCGCCGCCGCCGCCCGUCGCGUUGGCCGCGCCGGCGUCCCAGCCGUUCUUCCGGCCCAUGGAGCCGCGGGUGUUCGACGACGACGACCCGGUGGACCGGACGCCUCGGGCGAUGCGUGAGGACCAGCACCGCGGCGCAGGCGCGGCGGAGGCAUCCGACGGAGGAGCAGUGGCCCUCGCCACGCACUGCGAGUACUCGGCCCUCGCGAGGGACGCGUCCACCGACGACUUCGCCGUGCUGGUGCACGCCAGGGCACCCGGGAUCGCCGGGGCUGGCGGGGCGGCGGCGCCGCGCGCGCCGCUGGACCUGGUGACCGUGCUCGACGUGAGCGGCAGCAUGGUGGGCACCAAGCUCGCGCUGCUGAAGCAGGCCAUGGGGUUCGUCAUCGACAACCUUGGCCCCCGGGACCGCCUCUGCGUCGUGUCCUUCUCCUCCGGCGCGUGCCGCCUCAUGCGGCUCGCGCGCAUGUCGGACGCCGGGAAGGCCCUGGCGAGGCGCGCCGUGGAGUCCCUCAAGGCGGGCGGCGGCACCAACAUCGGGGAGGCGCUCCGCAGGGCCGCCAAGGUGAUCGACGAGCGCAUGCACCGGAACGCCGUCGCCAGCGUCGUGCUCCUCUCGGACGGGCAGGACACGUACACCGUGCCGAGGCGCGGCGGCUACGGUGGCCGCGACGCCAACUACGACGCGCUCGUGCCGCCUUCCUUCGCGUACGACGGUGACGGGAGGCGUUCGGCCCCCGUCCACACGUUCGGCUUCGGCACGGACCACGACGCGGCGGCGAUGCACACCAUCGCCGAGGCCACCGGCGGGACGUUCUCCUUCAUCGAGGACGAGGCGGCCAUCCAGGACGCGUUCGCGCAGUGCAUCGGCGGGCUCCUCUCCGUCGCCGUGCAGGAGCUGCGCGUUGACAUCGCGUGCGUGCACCCGGGCGUGCGCGUCCGCGCGAUCAAGUCCGGCAGCUACGCGAGCCACGUCGAAGCCGACGGCCGCGCCGCUACCAUCGACGUCGGCGAGCUCUACGCGGACGAGGAGAGGCGCCUCUUGCUGUUCCUGCACGUGCCGAGGGCCCGCGCCGCGGACGACGCGACGCGCCUGGUCAGAGCGGCCUGCGCCUACCGCGACACGGCCACCGGACGGGGCAAAAGCGUCGCCGGCGAGGACGCGGUGGUGCUGAGGCCAUGGGGCGCCGUGACCGCGGGGCGCUCCGUCGAAGUCGAGCGCGAGCGCGUCCGGGCGGAGGCGACGGACGGCAUCGCCGCGGCCCGGGCGGAGGCGGAGCGUGGUGCGCACGCGGAGGCGGUGGAGAUCCUCCGCAGCCGGCAGCGCUCCGUGGCGCGGUCCGCCGCGGCGCGGGCGGGGGACUCCGCGUGCCUGGCGCUGUCGCGCGAGCUGCGGGAGAUGCGCGCGCGCGUGGCGGACCGGCAGCGGUACGAGCUGUCCGGGCGCGCGUACGUGCUCGCCGGGCUGAGCUCGCACGCGCAGCAGCGCGCCACGUCGCGGCAGAUGGUGUCCGGCGGCGGGGCGGAGACGCUGGGCGGCGGUUGGACGGCGGAGGAGCGCAGCGUGGCCUUGGCUACGGCGGGAGCCACGACGUCGUACAUGACGCCGGCGAUGCUGGACAUGCUGGACCGGUCGCGGAGGUCGCGGGAGCUGCUGCAGCGCCGCCAACAACCGACGCAAGAACGGCGAAGAACAUUUUGAGCGCACGGAGGAAGCAGGGCUUUUGUGAUUGUGAUGUGAUGCCUUCUGAUUGUUAAUUCCGAACGAGAAUGACUGUAGGGCAUGAAACAGAUCCAAACCUUACAUUUCAUGCUUUUCAGUUUGCACUAGAAUCAAAUUGGCAUCUUUGGUGGAGGCGCGCCAAUCGUUGCUGAACCGAACGCGGUAGUAGUUUGCCAGAUUGCAAAUUCAUCGAGCUGAGCUUGCUGCU